GAGCAGCUUACUGCCAGUUUAUGGACAUGUUGUUCCCAGGGUGCAUUAGCUUGAAGAAAGUGAAGUUUCAAGCAAAGCUGGAACAUGAAUAUAUUCACAACUUCAAACUUCUGCAGGCAUCGUUUAAAAGAAUGAAUGUGGAUAAGGUAAUUCCCGUGGAAAAACUGGUUAAAGGGCGCUUCCAAGAUAACUUAGAUUUCAUCCAGUGGUUUAAGAAGUUCUUUGAUGCUAACUAUGAUGGGAAGGAGUAUGAUCCUGUGGAAGCUCGACAAGGCCAAGAUGCUCUUCCUCCACCAGAUCCUGGUGAACAGAUCUUCAACCUGCCCAAAAAGUCCCACCAUGCAAACUCUCCGACUGCAG